CCUCUCUGUCCCCCUCCUCUCUUUCUCUCUUAUGUAUCGGCUUCUUUUCGUUGAUUCAAAAUGAUGGCUAAAAUAAAAAUCCGUGCUUUCUAACUCUGAAUCUGAAAGAAGAAGCAAAAAAGUUGUUUUUUUUUUCUUUCCUCUCCCAAUUUCGUCCCUUUCAAUGCCCGGCGAAAAAAACCAAACCAUUUCUUCCCUUCUUCCCCGAUCCUUCAUAGCUUCUAAUCCACAGCGCUGAUCCUAGCGUCAGCCGGAAAAAUGGAGGACGAUGAGAAGAAGCCUUCCGGCUGCUGCCUUGUACUUCUCUACAACUCCUGCUUCCGUCGCCAUCCAGUCCCCGUUUCUCCUAUCAACCCAAUCCCCCCACCCAUCUCCUCCAAUGGCAAAAUUUACAAAUCCAAUGCCCAAUUGCCUAUUCCCAACCAACCCUCCGCCGCCCUCGUCUCCCCCAAUCACACUAAAUCCCAUAUCGCCGGCCAGUCCAAGUUAACCAUAGCCGCCCCUGUCUCGCGGCCUCAAAUCGUCAGCAUAUCUUCCGAACUCGACAGCUUGAUCUACGACCACCAGCGAGCCAAGGGGAGCAGCACUCUCCUCCGCGCCUCUUCGGGCAACGUUAUGCUCUUUGGCAAUCUGGGUAAUCUACGCUCCCAUGGCGCCGUCGCGGCGCCCAACCGCAACUUGCCCGAAUAUCUCCCGAAGACUGCCAAGGAGAUGAAGCCGGCGAGGCGUGCCGCGGAGGCUGAAACGCCGACCGCCAUUCGUCCGGCGCUGUCGAGGAGGUUGGACGCGGAGGAGCUCAAGGAGAUAGGGAACGAGGAGUACAAUAAGGGGAGGUAUGCGGAGGCCAUCGCGAUCUACGAUAGAGCUAUAUUGAUUGAUCCUGACAAGGCUUCUUACUGGAAUAAUAAGGCGGCAGCUCUUAUAGGCCUCGGUCGCCUUCUUGAUGCUGUGGAGGAGUGCAGGGAGGCUAUUAGGAUUGAUCCUUAUUAUUUCAGAGCGCAUCAACGGCUCGCUAAUCUCUAUAUCCGAUUGGGAGAAGCAGAAAGAGCAGCUAAACACUAUAAGUUAGCGAAAAAUGAAGCAAGCUAUGAUGACAUAUCGCGAGCAAAGGCCGUGGAGAUUCUCAUUGGAAAGUGCAGGGAAGCGAAGAGCUUAAGGGAUUGGAAUAUUCUGCUGAAGGAGAGUCAGUCUGCUAUUUCUGCUGGUGUCGAUUCAUCUCCCCAGAUAUUCGCCUACCAAGCUGAGGCCUUUUUGAUGCUCUUCAAGAUGGACGAUGCGGAGGAAUCAAUGCUUGAUGCACCUGAAUUUGACACUGAUGCUUCAACCAAGUUCUUUGGCGCCCCCAGCAACGCAUAUUACCUUUCAGUAAGAGCACAGGUUGAUAUGGCUGUGGGAAAAUUCGAAAAUGCUGUUUCACAAGCACAAAUGGCGGCACGUAUACAUCCUGGAAGCAGGGAAAUCACUGCCAUUGCUCGUAAGGCUCGAUCUAUUGCAUCGGCUCGGUUGAUGGGUAAUAAUCUCUUCAAGGCCUGCAAAUUUGUGGAGGCUUGCCUUGCCUACGGUAAUGGCCUUAACCAUGACCCUCAGAAUGCAGUCCUACUCUGCAAUCGUGCUGCUUGCAGGUCUAAGUUAGGCCAAUGGCAGAAGGCCAUUGAAGAUUGCAAUGUCGCUCUUAAUUUGCGCCCGAAGUAUAGUAAGGCACGCCUGAGGAGAGCCGACUGUAACGCCAAGUUGGAGCAGUGGGAGGCAUCUAUAGAAGAUUACAAUGUAUUGGUUCUUGAAAUGUCUGGAGAUGAGACAGUAAGCAAGGCCUUGCAGGAAGCUAAAGAACAUCUUAAGAGGCAAAGUGCUGCUUGCAUUAAAGUGGCUGAAAGUGGCUCUGAGGCCUUAAACGUCACCAACAAAGACUAGUUUCAUGGUGUUAUCAAAUCACCUGGUUUCUGUAGGAAGACCAUUUCUAAGCAUGGUAGAAACUUAGUGAGCUCAGCUUCAUUGCACACCUGGAUGGCUCCAAUUUCAUAAACAUUGCAGGUUCUCAACUUGAUCAUCUUGAAAUCAUUCUGACCCUCCGCUCUUUCAGAACUUGAAACAAGAGUUGUAGAACACUCGAGGACGAAACUCCAUUGUCGAAGCAAAUCAAGGUUGAGAAAUAGACUGCAGUCUAAGAUCAGACUGCAGAAGUCAUGAAAGCAAUUAUUGAAGCAAACUCAAUGCCUGCAAGCUCAGAAUAAACUGCUCUUUUUUGUUAAAAUUCAAUGCAAACCAUUCCUAAGCUUUCAUUAUCUUUGGUGGUGCUGUAUGUAGAGUUUCUUCUUCAUGGAUCAUUCAGAAGAUACUGCACUGUUUGUCUUCAGAUAUGAGUUUUGUUUCUUUAGUUCUCGUUUGGAUGAAUAGAUUGUGAAGGAAAAAGGAAGAAAUUUUCUGGAAUUUUAAUUCGAAAUCAAUGUUUGUUUUGGCCAAAGUGAG